UACGGCAACGCUAAUGGAAAGGUUGAGUUCUGCUGCGGUGUCCAGAACAGUUUGGGACAGUGAUAGACUCCUUCAAGGUAGAAAUUUAUCCGACAACCGUUUUAAAUAAGUUAGUUGACGAAGAAACAAAGAAUAGUGCUGUUUGAACAGGGAAGAGGAAGAUCAAUGAUGAUAGCUCAUUGAAGAAGUGGCAUAAAUCGAGUUGCUGCCAUACCCUCAACGAUUGACGGAAGAGCGCUAUUAUAUCACCAUCACUUAAAUUUGAUUACUCUAAUCAAAUUAUGAGAAGUUAAAAGUGCAAAUUCGCAUCCCACUGGAAUCAACCGAAUCGGAUCCAGCUGUUGCGAGUUUUCAGUUAACCAAUAAUAGUCCUCGCGUUUAUGGCGGCACAGAAGAAAAGUGUUCAAUUUGACGGAGUCAGAAGUGUGAAACCAUCGGACAGUAGCGAAGUUGAAUUAAACGGUCAAUCUAGGCAAAAAUUGAGGGAUAGAUAAAUUGAGAGAUCGGUGCUAGAGGAAGCGAUCCGCUGUAUGGUGGGAUAACAAUUGGAAGGACAAGUCAUUCAAGGUCCUGAAUUAGAUAUAAUCAAUCAUCUUCAAUAAUCCCGAAAAGUAAUCAAUAAUUGUGAAAAUAAAAGUUGACUGAAUUUCGUGGAGCUUCUGGUUGUCACCCGCCAGUAAUUGAUACCGAGGGAAAAUACCGUUGCAUGAUUAUAUUCAGAGAAGAUUAUUCCGAUGAAUUGACGACUUUAAGUGGCCUGCGUUUCAUGUCGUGGUCGACUCAAGAUGAAUAACAACAAGAUACAAAUGCGGGAGAACUUCACGAUGGAUGGCACCACCGAAACGUACAGCGAAAACCGAGGAUUCUUUGUCACGUGGAUGACCCUCCUAACGACGGUAGCAAUAUUCAGUUGUUUGUUGGUGGGCUCUGGGGUGCUCAUAUAUCAUCUGGCUGGUUGCGAGGAAACGCCCGUUCAUGCCAGCAUAUGUGAUCAUCACUUCCAUUUCACUCCCAAUCACUCUAUUUUGCAUCAUGACACAACGAGCACGCCAGCUGAGCUGGAAACCAGCACCACCCCAUUGACAACAAGCACGUCUUCUAACGCUACCGACUCCGUUGUCACCGAAUCUAUCGAAAGUAGUAGCAAUGCACCGAAUUCCACCGAGAAUCACCAAUCAACUUUGUUGGAAAAAGAUGUGCGAUUGCCACGAUCGAUUGAGCCAAUUGCAUACACAAUUCGAUUGAUCCCGUUUAUGUUCGAAGACAAUUUCACAUUCGCUGGUUCGGUUGACAUAAUAAUAAGGGUGAGGGAGGAUUGCGACAAUAUAACACUGCACGCGGUGUCCUUGCAAAUACACGAGGCACGGAUUCACCAUCGGGGAUUCGACACAACUCAGAAACGAACGGAGAAUGACACCAGAGGAAACAGUAGGGGUGGGAGCGAUGUUAGUUAUGAAGAAAACGAAGAAGACAACUCCCUCGACAAUUCAUCUAAUAUCGAAAUAGAGCAGCAGUUUGUCGUUGAAGGCAAACAGUUUUUGGUGCUUAAACUGAAACAGAAACUACUCUCUGGUGAAGAAUAUGUCGUGCGUAUCAAUUAUGAAGGGCUACUUAACGACUACUUGCAAGGAUUCUACCGGAGCUCGUACACGUUCAAAAAUGAAACAAGGUGGCUGGCCACGACUCAAUUUCAACCAACGGACGCCCGGCGUGCGUUUCCUUGCUUCGAUGAACCUGCUCUGAAAGCGCGCUUCAAUAUCAGCAUAGCGCGCCCUCGGAACAUGAUUUCACUGUCCAACAUGCCGAAAGUAAACACUUACAGUGCAACGGAAAAUGGUUUAGAAGAGUACGUAUGGGAUAACUAUCAGCAGUCCGUACCGAUGUCCACGUAUCUUGUGGCGUUUGUGGUAUGUGACUUUGAUCACUUGGCGACGGGCAACUUCGCUGUGUGGGCCAGAUCCGACGCAAUGACAUCUGCUCGUUACGCUCUAGACGUGGGCCCAAAAAUUUUAAAAUAUCUAGAACAAUUCUUCGACAUCAAAUACCCGCUACCAAAAAUGGACAUGAUUGCGUUACCAGAUUUCAGUGCAGGUGCAAUGGAAAAUUGGGGUUUGAUCACGUAUCGAGAAACAGCCAUGCUUUACGAGGAGAAUGUUUCAGCGAACAGCAAUAAACAACGGGUUGUUACUGUAGUGGCGCAUGAACUAGCACACCAGUGGUUCGGAAAUUUAGUAACACCAACAUGGUGGACAGAUCUGUGGCUCAACGAAGGUUUCGCGAGUUAUAUGGAGUAUCUGUGUGUGGAUGCAGUAGAACCGGCCUGGAAAUCAAUGGAACAGUUUGUAGUUAACGAGCUGCAUAACGUGUUUUCAUUAGAUGCUUUAUCUUCGUCACAUCAAAUAUCGGUAGAGGUCCACAAUCCGGAGGAAAUUAACGAGAUUUUCGAUAAAAUUUCAUAUGGUAAAGGUGCUGCUAUCAUACGAAUGAUGGACCAUUUUCUGACGGCUGAAGUUUUCAAGAAUGGCCUUACUAGAUACCUGAACGAUAAAAAAUAUCAGAACGCCGACCAAGAUGAUCUCUGGAGCUUCUUAACGGUCGAAGCCAGGAACAAACAGGUUUUCGACGAUUCAACAACGGUCAAAGAAAUUAUGGAUACUUGGACGUUGCAAACGGGGUUUCCGGUGGUUUCUGUGACACGAGACUAUGACAACAAAAAUAUACAGUUCGAUCAACAGAGGUUCACGUUCAUUGAACCAACAAAUGAUUCAUCCGUUGCGAUUGCAGAGAAGCCACUUUGGUGGAUCCCCAUUACGUUCACAACGUUAGGCGAUAGUAACUUCAAUAAUACCAAGCCAAGCAUCUGGAUGAGGGCGGAAGAAAAGUUAAUACUGCACGACAUGGAUGCUCCCAAUCAUGACUGGUUAAUAGUCAAUAUUCAACAAACGGGCUACUAUCGGGUUAAUUACGAUCACCGUAAUUGGGAAAUGAUUGUCAAUCAUUUGCUUGAUCGACGGAAGUACAGCUCAAUAGCUCCAUCAAACAGGGCUCAAUUGAUAGAUGAUGCACUCAACUUAGCUAGAGGAGGAUAUCUUAACUACAGUAUCGCAUUGAAUGUAACCAGGUAUUUGAUACACGAGACUGAAUACGUACCUUGGAAGGCAGCGAUAGCUUCACUAAACUUUAUCGAUUUGAUGUUAAUCAAGACGAGCAACUAUGAUAAGUUCAAGAAAUAUUCACUGCAUCUGUUGAAACCAAUCUACGAAAAAAUAGGGUUUGAUGAUCCGAAAGAUAGUCCACUUUUGAAAGUCUACAUGCGCGUAGAUUUGUUAACAGCUGCAUGUCAUAUGGGCUAUAAGGAGUGUGUUAGCAAAUGUGUCCAGAAAUUUUACGAAUGGAUGCACGAACCGAACCCAGACAUCAAUAAUCCUGUCUCACCCAACUUGAAGAACGUAGUUUAUUGUACAGCGAUAAAAUACGGCGACCAAGCCGAGUGGGAAUUCGCAUGGGAUCGCUUCCAGAAAACGACAAUUCCAAGCGAAAAGGAAACGAUACUCUCAGCUCUUGGAUGCUCCCGAGAAACGUGGAUUCUUACGAGAUUUUUGGAAUACUCCAUGUCGGACGAACAUGGGAUCCGAAAGCAAGAUGUAUUCCGGGUGUUCCUUGCGGUAUCGAACAAUGUAAUCGGGCAACCAAUUGCGUUCAACUUCAUUCGCAACAACUGGCAAAAGAUGAAAAAAUAUCUCGGUACAUCGAUGUCAAAUUUGAAUAUGAUUCUUAAAUAUUCAACCAAACGGUUGAAUACCCAAUACGAACUCGACGAGUUGAAGGAAUUUGCGCAAAACAAUUUGAAAGACACUGGACGAACCAUUGAACAAGCCAUCGAACGAGCACAAGCGAACAUCGCAUGGAUGGAUACAAAUGCUGGCACAAUUGCUCGAUGGUUGAGCGAAGUCAAAUAUGAGCCGGAUGAAAUGUAACAACCGACUUGAAAGAAAAAUCUAGCCGACCCAUUUAAAUUGUUCACGUUGAACGAGAAAUAACGCCAUAAAAUAUCAGUAUGAAAAUAUAGAGCUUCCAAUGAGCAACUUUUUCGAAUGAUUUUGUAGAAAAUAAACCUCAUUGAGUUUAGAUUAUGUUAUACUGUUUAAUGUCGUUGACAUAAAGACUGUAAAUGAGUUGCCAGAACACUUCAAUAUUUUAUAUGAAACUCUUCAAACACAUUAUCUUGACUAGAUAUAAAUAUUUCUUUUAGUCUAAUUUACUCGUAAAUUAUUAAUAAGUAUUUUUAAGUAGGCUUUGUUUCGUUAAGGAAAUUUGUACUUAUACAUUCGCACAGUUAAAUAAAUAUUUUUCUACAGUUUUCU